AUGGACUCUCUACAUCUGCCACAGAAAAUGGAUCCUGAAAACAAAGAAGACCACAAUGAUAACCAAGGGAAUAAAAACAAAGGUGAUUUUCUGUGUGUGUUAGAGGUCCAAGCGAGUCCUGCACAGUCCACUUUGGCGUUGGUGGAAGAGGAGUCUGAGGGCACAGACCCAUGGGACCUGCCAGAGCUGAAGGACUCCGGGGUCCCAUGGUCAGCUCUGGAUACCAGAGGGAAGGUGAUGAGGGUGCUGGUGUCACUGGCGAAGCUGGUCCUGCUGCUGGCUUUCCUUUACAUGUUCAUCUGCUCCCUCGACAUCCUCAGCUCAGCCUUCCAGCUGGUUGGAGGUAAAGCAGCAGGUGACAUCUUCCAGGACAACUCAGUUUUGGCAAACCCGCUGGCUGGUCUGGUCAUCGGUGUUCUGGUCACUCUGCUGGUGCAAAGCUCGUCAACUUCCUCCUCUAUAGUUGUCAGCAUGGUCUCCUCUGGACUGCUGACAGUCCAACUGGCUGUUCCUAUCAUCAUGGGCACCAACAUUGGGACCUCCGUCACCAACACACUAGUCGCGAUGACGCAGGCUGGUGAUCGCAGCACAUUCCGGAGGGCUUUUGCAGGGGCCACAGUGCACGACUUCUUCAACUGGCUGUCUGUGCUGGUGCUGCUGCCUCUGGAGGUGGCCACUGGUUAUUUGUACCAGGUCACUAAGCUCAUCAUCGACUCCUUUAACAUCCAGAGCGGAGAGGCCCCAGCCCUGUUGAAUGUGAUCACUGAUCCCCUCACCGAUUCAAUCAUAUUGUUGGACGAGUCUGUCCUCACUGGGAUUGCCACUGGAGACCCCUUAGCCAGGAAUAGGAGUCUCAUCAAGAGAUGGUGCCAAUCCUUCACCAACACGUCGUUGAUGAAUGUUACAGUUCCUGGUCCAGAGAACUGCACCUCUCCGUCUCUCUGCUGGGACGAUGGCAACUACACCAUCACACUGAAGAACAUUUCUGAAACAUUUAAUAUCCAGAAAUGUAAACACGUCUUCGUGGAUGUGAAUCUUUCUGACCUGGCGGUGGGUCUGAUCCUGCUGGCUCUCUCUCUGCUCGUGCUCUGCUCCUGCCUGAUCCUCAUCGUCAAGCUGCUCAACUCCAUGUUGAAGGGUCAGGUGGCUUCAGUCAUCAAGACCAUCCUCAACACGGAUUUCCCAUUUCCUUUCGGUUGGGUCACUGGUUACAUUGCCAUUUUAGUCGGAGCUGGCAUGACCUUCAUCGUGCAGAGCAGUUCUGUCUUCACCUCUGCAAUUACACCACUUGUUGGUAUUGGUGUCAUCAGCAUAGAGAGAGCAUACCCACUGUCCCUGGGUUCAAAUAUUGGUACGACCACCACAGCCAUCCUGGCAGCCAUGGCUAGUCCUGGAGACACACUGGCUAAUGCUCUACAGAUCGCCCUCGUCCACUUCCUGUUCAACAUCUCUGGCAUCCUCCUUUGGUAUCCGAUCCCUUUCACCCGCAUCCCCAUCCGGCUGGCAAAAGGUCUGGGCAACAUCACCGCCUCCUACCGCUGGUUUGCAGCUGUCUACAUCAUCAGCUGCUUUUUCGUUUUCCCACUCUUUGUCUUCAGCCUGUCGCUGGCUGGCUGGCAGGCACUGGUCGGUGUGGGUGCACCUUUAGCUCUCAUGUUAAUCAUCAUCAUAGUGAUCAACGUGUUGCAGAAACGUAAACCUCGGUGUUUGCCUGCAAUACUGCGAUCCUGGGAUUUCCUCCCUUUGUGGGCCCACUCCCUGGCUCCCUGGGACAAAGUGGUUGGAGUGAUUAGUGCCAAAUGCUGCUGCUGCAAAUGCUGCCAAAUAGCUGCUGAAGACCCGGAACACAAUGAGAAAGAAUGUUUGGAGAAGGAUCAGAAGACACACACAGAGGUGUACGAUAACCCUGCAAUGAGUUCAGAGAAAGAGAUGGAGAAUGAGAUAAAGAUAGAGCUGAAGAUGACGCGGUUGUGA